AUGGCCGAGCUGGGAAACCAUGAUUUGGUGAGUGAGGGGCUGCUGUCUCCAGAAGGGGUGGAUCAGAUGGAUGCCGUGAAAUAUGAUGUACGUGUCAAUUUCACUGAAGAGGAGUGGGCAUUCCUGGAUCCUUCACAGGAAUAUCUCAUUGAAGAUGAUAUGCUGGAGACGUAUAUGAACCUCACUGGUCUAGGAUACACUUGGGAAGAUUUUGAAUUUGAAGAACGUUGUCAAAGUUUUCAAAGUCAUGAAAGUGAUGAAAGAACACAUACUGGUGAGAAACCCUAUGGAUGUAAGGAAUAUGGUAAAGCUUUUGAUGAAAAUAGUGUUCUUCAAAGUGAUGAAAGAACACAUACUGGUGAGAAACCCUAUGAAUGUAAGAACUUUGGUAAAGCUUUUGAUCAAAAUGGUGUUCUUCAAAGUGAUGAAAGAACACAUACUGGAGAGAAACCCUAUGAAUGUAAGGAAUAUGGUAAAGCUUUUGAACAAAAUGAUGUUCUUCAAAGUGAUGAAAGAACACAUACUGGUGAGAAACCCUAUGAAUGUAAGGAAUAUGGUAAAGCUUUUGAUCAAAACAGUGUUUUUCAAAGUGAUGAAAGAACACAUACUGGUGAGAAAACUUAUGAAUGUAAGGAAUAUGGUAAAGCUUUUGAUCAAAAUGGUGUUCUUCAAAGUGAUGAAAGAACACAUACUGGAGAGAAACCCUAUGAAUGUAAGGAAUAUGGUAAAGCUUUUGAUCAAAACGAUGUUCUUCAAAGUGAUGAAAGAACACAUACUGGUGAGAAACCCUAUGAAUGUAAGGAAUAUGGUAAAGCCUUUGUACGUCACAGUCAUCUUCAAAGGCAUACAAGAACACAUAGUGGAGAGAAACCCUAUGAAUGUAACCAGUGUGGUAAAACCUUUGCUCAAAACAGUGUUCUUCAUAGUCAUGAAAGAACACAUACAGGAGAGAAACCACAUGAAUGUAAUCAAUGUAGUAAAGCCUUUUUACGUCAUAGUCAUCUUCAAAGGCAUAAAAGAACACAUAUUAGAGAGAAACCCUUUGAAUGUAAGGAAUGUGGUAAAACCUUUGCUCAAAACAGUGUUCUUCAAAGUCAUGAAAGAACACAUACAGGAGAGAAACCCUAUGAAUGUAAUCAAUGUAGUAAAGCCUUUUUACGUCAUAGUCAUCUUCAAAGGCAUAAAAGAACACAUACUAGAGAGAAACCCUUUGAAUGUAAGGAAUGUGGUAAAACCUUUGCUCAAAACAGUGUUCUUCAAAGUCAUGAAAGAACACAUACAGGAGAGAAACCCUAUGAAUGUAAUCAAUGUAGUAAAGCCUUUGUACGUCAUAGUCAUCUUCAAAGGCAUAAAAGAACACAUUCUAGAGAGAAACCCUUUGAAUGUAAGGAGUGUGGUAAAGCCUUUUCUCAAAACAGUGUUCUUCAAAGUCAUAAAAGAACACAUACUGGAGAGAAACCCUAUGAAUGUAAUCAAUGUAAUAAAGCCUUUGCACAUUACAGUCAUCUUCAAAGGCAUAAAAGAACACAUACUGGAGAGAAACCCUAUGAAUGUAAGGAAUGUGGUAAAGCCUUUUCUCAAAACAGUGUUCUUCAAAGUCAUGAAAGAACACAUACAGGAGAGAAAUCAUAUGAAUGUAACCAAUGUAGUAAAGCCUUUGCACGUCACAGUCAUCUUCAAAGGCAUAAAAGAACACAUACUGGAGAGAAACCCUAUGAAUGUAAUCAGUGUGGAAAAACCUUUGCUCAAAACAGUGUUCUUCAAAGUCAUGAAAGAAUACAUACUGGAGAAAAAUCAUAUGAAUGUAGUGUGUGUAGUAAAGCCUUUGUACGUCACAGUCAUCUUCAAAGGCAUAAAAGAACACAUACUGGAGAGAAACCCUAUGAAUGUAAUCAGUGUGGUAAAGCCUUUGCUGAAAACAGUGUUCUUCAAAGUCAUGAAAGAACACAUACUGGAGAGAAACCAUACGCAUGUAACCAAUGUAGUAAAACCUUUGUACGUCACAGUCAUCUUCGAAGGCAUAAAAGAACACAUACUGGAGAGAAACCCUAUGAAUGUAGCCAAUGUGGUAAAGCCUUUGCUCAAAAGAGUGUUCUUCAAAGUCAUGAAAAAACACAUACAGGAGAGAAACCAUAUGAAUGUAAUCAAUGUACUAAAGCCUUUACACAUCAUAGUCAUCUUCAAAGGCAUGAAAGAACACAUACUGGAGAUACACCCUUUGAAUGUUACCAAUGUGGUAAAGCCUUUGCUCAAAACAGUGAUCUUCAAAGUCAUGAAAGAACACAUACUGGAAAGAAACCCUUUGAGUGCAAUCAAUGUAGUAAAGCCUUUUUACGACAUAGUCAUCUUCAAAGGCAUACAAGAACACAUACUGGAGAGAAACCCUAUGAAUGUCACCAGUGUGGUAAAGCCUUUUCUCAAAACAGUGUUCUUCAAAGUCAUGAAAGAACACAUACUGGAGAGAAACCCUAUGAAUGUAAUCAAUGUAGUAAAGCCUUUGUACGUCAUAGUCAUCUUCAAAGUCAUGAAAGAACACAUACUGGAGAGAAACCCUAUGAAUGUAAUCAAUGUGGCAAAGCCCUUUGCACACCACAAUAA